GGGUUGGGCUGAGCCCUUGGUCUUCAGUGGGGAGGCCGUCCCGUCCCUUCCCUUCCCCGGGCGGGACUGGGCUCCGCGUCCCCUCCGCUCCGGCCCGGAGCUGAGGUCAGGCGGGGAAGGAGGGAGCUCCAGUACUGCCCCUGCUCGGAGCGGAAAUGGGGGGAAGCAGUUGCUUCUUGCUUCCCUGAGCCGGUCGGCCUCCCCCGCCUGCUCCUGCCCUGCCCGCUGGCUUGCUCUGCAUGGAAACAUCAGUCCGUGCGGCUGUGCCCGGCCUGGGGUCGAGCCUCCUUCCUGCAGUCGGGGGAGGCCCUGGGCCUGGUGCAGGGCACUGCUGUGAACACAUGCCGCAGCACCAUCCUGGUCGGGGCGUCCGCUCGUAUAAGAGACCCGUCCUGGAAGGGGCUAGUUUCUGUCCCUUAAUGAGCACACCUCAAGGAGUGAUAGCUUUUCAGAGCCCUGUUGAUCCUGGGAUCUAGUGUUUUUGCCCUUCUGGGGCCUCACGAGCUUUCCGCUGCUGUGCGUUCCAGCUUCCAGGCUGUUUCAGAGAUGCACCCAGCACAGGCCUGCUCGGCGCUGGGUUGCUGCUUAGCUGCAAGGCGUACAUGGUACCAGGGCACCUGUCUUGGCUAUAAUAGGCAAACUGCCCCAAACCAACAGGAAUCUGGCACUGAGCUCCUAAUACCCUCUAAUCCCCACCUCCACUGUUGUUUGCAGCUUUUCUCUUCCCAUGGCGACAUUGCUUGCAAGCAAAGCGGAGUCAUAUUUGGGGGGUGACUCCCAUGCUGCAUCUGUGAGUCAUUCCUAAGGUUUCCAACCCUGUCGGGGCUCGAGCUGUGACAUUCGCAGAGGGACCUGAAGUGGCUCUGGGCUGGGGGGUAGAAACGCUGUGCUCUGCCCCUACAACUGGGAAAGGAGAGGACUGCCGUGGAGAAGGGGCUUUGGGGGUUAGAACAAACUGCCACUUGAUGCUGCCUGUAGAGCCCGGGGCCUGGCUUGCUUUGCUGGCUGCAGGAAGUAAGAUGCCUACACAAAUGAUCUGGAACGGACCUUGCCCCGCAUUGAAGUUUCACAAUCUCCACACCGAUCUUAAAGGAAGGCCGUGUACGCUGUGGUUGUUGAUGGCUAAUGAUACUCCGUAUUUACCCAGCACCUUGUCUACAGUUCAUAAAUAUUCCACCUUCCCCGGACUAUUGCAUGUUUGUCUCUUCUGCAAAACAAGGAAGUGCUCGCAAGGGCUGUGACUUGUCCCACUGACUCACAAGUGCCUGGGCUAUGUUGGAGCCUGGACUCCCGACAUCCCACUUUACUACCACAGACAGGCCAAGCUCUUAUCUGAGAGCUGGAGCUGAACCCUGUCUUGAAUUCAGUUAAUUCGCAGCAAUGAGAGUCUGAAAAUCCGGUUGCACUAGAUACCUCUCUUUCCUUAGAGAACUGAGGAAGAUGUAUCUUUCAUAGAUUGCAGAGUCGGAAGAGACCACAAUGGAUCAUCGUGUCCGACCCCCUGUCCAGGCAGGAAAGAGGACCGAGGUCAGAUGGCCCCAUCCAGAUGACUAUCUAGCCUCCUCUUGAAGCCUUCCAAGCUAGAGUAGAAUAUGGCUGAGUUUAUACACAAGCAGGGGAAGAGGCAGGACGACCGUGGGCUGGGCAGUGUCAUCGACUUCCUCUUGGCCAACACCAGGCUGGUGCUGGGGGUGAGCGGUGCUGCUGUGCUGGCCAUUGCGACUCUGGUGGUGAAACGGAUGAUUGACCGAGCCACCAGCUCGCCCGACGAGGACGAUGCCAAAGCAGAGCAGAAGUCCAUUGAGGAGAGCUGGCAGGAUCUGAAUUUGCUCAAGGCACCGCAGAAGCCUCCCAAGAAGCCAAGCAGGGAGGACCUCAGCGAGCCUCUGCCUGUAACCCAGCCUGCCCAAGAGCUAUGCGAACAUCCUGCCUCCCUGGAGACUCUCUGCAUAGAAUCCAGACCUCUGCUUUGCCUCACAUUGCAGGAGAAGCUCCUCUCUUACUAUAACAACCACGUCGCCAUCCCAGAGCCGGAAGCAGCCCUGGGGAGGCAGCUUGCAAAGGAUGUCUGUGUGGAACUGCAGAAUUUCCUGCAAAACAAGUACCCAGAACUGCCUUUCGGCAGGAUGGUUCUCAGCGGUUCCCUCCACAAUGACCUCCAGGUGGUUGCUGCCGACCAUGUUGACUUCCUGCUGCCUAUGGCACUCGAAGCUGCGCUCUGGAAGCUGAUCCCUGGGGAGGACACUGUUGUGAAAACCCCCCAGUUCUGGAUGAUUAGACGGACCGACUUGGAGUACUUCCCGAGGGGGAGCAGUCCCUGGGACCGAUUCCUGGUGGGUGGGUACCUCUCAUCCAACGCACUCAGUGAGACAAUCCAUAAAAUACUGGAGACCUCCAUCAACUGGCCUGCCAUAGGCAGCAUGCUGGAGUGCGUCAUCAGACCGACGGUGGCUCCUGAGGACCUGAAGCUGGAGGUUGAGCACUGUCAGGUUCAGCUGAAUGUAGCCCUCUAUCCAGUGGUGAAGGUGGAGGACAAGGUUCUUCUGGCCAAGCCUCCCAGGGGGCUUGUGGAAAACCUCUGGCAACAAAGCUUUUAUGCAGCUGAGGUCUCCAGACUCAAAGAUCUGGAUGCUGGAGACUCGGGGGUCAGGAAGCUCUGCCUCAAAAUCUGGAAGGCGGUCUGCAGAGACCACCCCUCCUUGGGCAGACUGACUGGCAGUCACUUGACUCACGUCCUCCUCCACCUCAGUGAAAUGGAGCUGGACUGGGCAGAGGCCACCUUGGCCACUAGGUUCCAGCAAAUGAUCGAGGAGCUGGUGGGCUACCUGGAGAAAGGCUUUCUCCCUUGCUAUUUCAACAGCAGAAUCAACCUGUUCCAUGAGCUGCUGGAAGAGGAAAUCGAUGAGAUGGGGUAUGCGCUCUACAGUGCUGUAUCCGAGCCAGCCCUCCUGCUGAAGGAAAGCGCUUGUAAAUGAACUGCGAGGCUGGGAGUUCCCGAGCGUAGGUUUUGCACGUCUUUAUCCACUUCUCCGAGCUAAGUGGAUUGCCAAAGUGUCUAACUUUUGUAGCUGAGGCCUUGCGCUUAAUGAAAGAGAAGCAGGCACUUCCUGAACAAAAUGUGCCCGAGUGAAGGGACAGGGGAUCAGACACCAAGCCCAUCAGCUCUAGGUCUCCCAGUUCAAAUCCGGUCUGUGUCUACAGUAAUUAGGAGCCUGAUGCCAUCCAUUUGAUGACUGGGGCAUCUGUGAAAUGAGUUUGGUCUCUGUUCAGUUCCUGUUGAACUAGUAUGUGUGCCAACCCUCGUCACAGUAAGGUACCUUCCGUAGCACCAUGGGCCUGGAUGCCAAACUUCUCAUUCCUAGAGGCAGUUCCCCAGACUAGAACGUUUGCCGGUGAGCGUGCAAGAAGCUGUACGUUGCCAGGGCUUGAAUGAUGCAGCUUGGCUGUGCGUAAGCUGGAGUACAGGCUCCAGGGCUGUCUGGGCGGCUCUCACCAGAGCUAAAUUCACUCUUGAAGUGCCAGACUUCAAAUGUAUAUUUGUGGGUGAGGGAGCAGGGGUUAGAACCCUCUUUCUCUAAGCAAAUCUGCAAGCCCAGCACAUUGCCAUUCUGAAAAGGACUUGAUGGAGAAUAGGUAGUAACUGAAUAUGCAUUACCAGAUAGAUAUUGCCACAGCAAAUCCAAAUGCAAUAUUAUUUGCUGAAGCACCUUCAAUGUUAAUACAGCUGCCAAACAAAAUGAGCUUAAAUCCAGUUGCUUGUUCUGUUAAUGUUUAGCUCGUUUGGAGGAGAGUGUUUUAAUGCAAUGUAUUCAAUGCCAUAAUGUCAGGCCUUAUGUUGAAACACCCUUCCCUAACAUGCCUGUCUGCUACAAACCCAGUAGUAGGAUGGGUUAUGGCUGUUGAGGAAGAGCAAGGAGGUUCCCACAAGGUCUUUCAGAAUAGGUGGGACUGAAUCCUGCUCCAGCUUUGGAAGUACUGCAGGGUUGGCAGGCUGCUAUUUUCCAUCUACUCUGUCAAACAGGACAGGGCUCUCGCUCCCAGAUUUGGGCCCCAAUUCUGUGCUGUGUCAGAACACACCAUCUUGACCAUGCCUCUCAGUUUUUCAGACAAUACCCUCUUAUACAUACGUUGCUGCUAUUUAGAGCCUGGCCCCACAGCCUGCCUGCCUUGAAAAGCAGUGGCGGGCAGGCUGGGGGACAGCGAGUUAAAUUGGAAGGCUUGCUGUUGGCGAGACCUGGAGUGAUUUCUGUUUGUCUUUAUUUUAAGAAUAAGUUGCUUUUUUGAGUGGCUGCUAAUAGGCUUAUUUUGGUCCUGGCUCUGUUCCAAGUACUAGGACAUUAUUUCUGUGACUUCAGAAUCGUGCCAGUUUUUCAGUGUUGCAAGGGGGUGUUACUCCUGCUAACUCUGAACGUAUGUACUGUGACUUGGUUUUCCCUGCAGAGACAUGUUUUUAUUUGUUUGGGGAGGAGGAGGAGAAACCUCUCUCUGCAUCUGAAUUUCCUGUGAUCUGAAGAUGACUUGAUCUAUAGGAACAAAAACAAUUCUCAAGUGCGAUUCUUUAGCAAUGAGAAUAAAGCCUCACUGUCUAACUG